AUGGUGCAACAACAUGGACUUGCGUUGUCCCAAAGUCCAUUGUUAGAGAAUCCUGAACAAUAUCGUCGACUAGUGGGAAAGUUGAUAUAUCUUGCUGCAACAAGACCAGAUUUGGCCUAUGCUGUUCAUAUCUUGUCUCAGUUUAUGCAACAUCCCAGACAUGAUCAUUGGAUAGCUCUGAUGUGUGUGAUACGUUAUCUCAAAGGAACACCGGGACAAGGGGUUUUCUUGAAAUCUGACUGUGAUUUACGGCUGCAUGGGUGGUGCGAUUCAGACUAUGCGGGAUGUCCGCUAACAAGACGAUCGUUGAGUGGAUGGCUCAUGCAACUAGGAAGUUCUCCUAUCUCGUGGCAGACCAAAAAGCAAGACGUGGUAUCACGUUCCUCUGCUGAAGCAGAGUAUAGGUGUAUGGCGAUGGCUUUGUGUGAAUUGAAAGGGCUGCGACAACUAUUGAUGGAACUCGGUGUCAAGCAUGAUCGACCAAUGAGUUUACACUGUGAUAAUCAAGCUGCUUUGUACAUCGCAGCGAAUCCUGUCUUCCACGAGCGGACGAAACACGUUGAAAUUGACUGUCAUUAUGUUAGAGAUGCUGUUCACGACCGGUUGAUAGCAACAAAAAAGGUUGAUACGAAAGAACAAUUGGCAGAUAUCUUUACUAAGGCUUUAGGCUGUCGUGAAUUUGAAAAGUUUAGAGACAAGCUGGGCAUUUGCAAUCCACAUGCUCCAGCUUGA